CUAUUGUGUGUAGUGUCACUCGCAUAUCCGAUCAUUAGCUUUUCCCAAAACACAAACAAAAGCUUUUUUUCUCUGGUCUCCACUCUCCUAUGGCUUCCUCUUCUCUUUUGAUCUACAUUCUGUAGCUCUGAACUCCAAAAAGGACCUCAAUUACCUAGCAAUGGAAGGUCAAUAUCAACAGCAGCCUCGAACAUAUGGACCUCACCUGAUGAAAAUGACGAUUCAACCCUCGCCGCAGCUCGCGGAUAAUGACCGGAGCAGCAGCGAGCUCCGGGCACUGGAUUGCAAUCUCACCUCCCUUUGUGACCACAUUCAGAUGGAGGGAUUCAGUUCCGGCUCCUUCUCCGACAUCGUUGUCCACUCUAUGGGCUCCACCUACCACCUCCAUCGCCUCAUUCUCUCUCGCAGUUCCUACUUCAGGAACAUGCUACAUGGUCCUUGGAAAGAAGCCAAUUCUCCUAUUGUGAACUUGCAUGUGGAUGAUAAGAAUGUUAACGCAGAGGCAAUUGAAAUGGCUUUGGCUUAUCUUUAUGGUCACCAUCCUAAGCUUAACGAUAACAAUGCAUUUCGUGUGUUGGCUGCUGCUUCCUUUCUUGACCUUCAGGAUUUAUGUGCUAUAUGUACGGACUUCAUUAUAUCUGAACUGUGGACUUCUAACUUCUUGGCAUAUCAGGUGUUUGCUGAGAGCCAAGAUUAUGGCUUACAUGGAGAGCGUGUGAGAAAUGCUUGCUGGGGCUACCUUUGUCAAAGUGGUGCCAUGGAAUUAAAGGAGGUGCUUCCAAAACUUUCUUCCCAAACUCUGCAUGCAUUACUGACCUCAGAUGAAUUAUGGGUACCUAGUGAAGAGAAAAGGUUUGAAUUGGCAUUAUACGCACUUCUAGCAAAAGGUUCUCUUUGCAAGACAGAACUUCCUGAGCAAGUUAAUUCUAAUUCUGACAUGGGUGUGGGUGUUCAUUCUGACUCUUCUAAAGCAAAGGGGAAAAAUGUGGUUGGUAGCUGCUCUAGAAAGAGGUCGGAUUCAGAGCCAGGAUGCUGUUUAAAAGAUGAACUGAAAUGUCAAAAUGCAGCUCAUGGUCUUCUCGUUGAACUUGUUGAUUCUGUAGAUAACUUCCAAGUAGUAGUUUCUGAUUCCAAACAGUCAAAUUUGGACUCUUCACAACUCCAUGAGGUGGAACCAUCUUCAUCAAUAAGUAACACAUUUUCAGAAAUGAAUGGAAAUAGAACAUCAUAUUCUUAUGUUGAAAUGCCAAUUGGUGUUGGAAUGAGUGGAUUAGGAACCAGUGGAAUGGCUAUGGAGGGGCCAUCUGAAUCAGGCUCAUACAACUUCAAUAACACCAAUUGGAUUGCAGGUGAUCAAUCUAGGCAUUGUACAUCAAUUGAAUCGUCCUGUAAUGGACUUAUACUGAAUGAUUGGGGAAGAUGCGGCAUGCCUCCUCUUUCAUGGGGUGGUAGGGUUGUGGGGAAAAGAGAGGUAAAAGGUUAUGCUAAAGGAAAUUGUGGGGUUCGUGGGGAGGAAUAUGAUACUUUUGUCAAUAUAUUUGAAGGGGGUUCACUUUUAUAUUGCAACAUGUCUUUUGAGGCACUUUUAAAUGUGAGAAAGCAGCUUGAAGAAUUGGGAUUUCCUUGCAAAGCUGUGAAUAAUGGCCUUUGGCUGCAGAUGCUUUUAAGCCAAAGGGUGCGAGAAAUUGGUGCUGACACAUGUAAAGGUUGCUGUAGUAUGGCAUGCACUUGCAGGCAACCAUGUGGAUUUUCACAAGGAGUUACUGCAACUGGUUGUUACAUGCAAGGCCAUGAGCAAAAUAAUUCUCCUGGUAGCAUGGGGAAUAUAUAUGUUGCUGAUUCUGCUCAAGCUGAGGGUAAUGGCCUCUUUAGGCCAGUACGAGUGCAGGUCAGGGGACCUAUUGAUGGGCUUGCAGGUAUUGGACGUGGAACUACAUAUGUGCCAACAGCAGCAUGGCCCCCGACACGUGUUGUCUUUUCCCGUGUGCCUUUUGGCAUGGGCAACAGAAAUUGCCAGCAAUCUAUUGCUAAUGAAGAUUCAGAGAGUAGAACUGAUCACAAUGGAGACCCAUCAGGAGAUGGGUUGACAGCUUUGGUUGGAUUAAGCCAAGGAGGAAGCAACUCCGCUAAUGCUCAAGGGGAGCAUAUAGAUAGAGGGUACGAGUCAGAACUGCAAAGUAGAUUGUCAGGAACAUCCAUUUCAGUAUCCAGUUCCAUUGGCAGUGGUGUUGCUGUCCAAAUGCUUGAGUCUCCAGAGCAUGCGAUUGGAAUUGAUUGGGAGAAUUCGAAUGGUUCCUCUAUAUCUCUAGACAUGAAAACGCCUUUAAGCCAUUUCCCUCCAUUUCGUUUUGGGGUUGAAUUUGAGGAUGUGCAUAGGCUCAGUGAUGGCCAAGUAAAGCACUCCCCAGAAUUUUUUUAUGCUGGAUCUUUGUGGAAGGUUAGUGUUCAGGCCUUUAAUGAUGAAGAUCCUCAAGGACGCAGAACUCUUGGAUUAUUUCUUCACCGACGCAAGGCGGAGAUUACCGACUCCCUUAGAAAGUACUCAAGAUCAAGCCUACCUGCUUUCAGGUUCAUAUGUAUGUGGACUCCCGUGAAAAGGUUACUGCUCGUUAUCAGUUGAUUUGUCCAUCAAAGAGAGAAGUGAUGGUAUUCGGAAGCUUUAAACAACGUGGUACUCUUUUACCAAAAGCUCCCAAGGGAUGGGGCUGGCGGACUGCUUUGCUUUUUGAUGAACUUGCGGAACUACUGCAAAAUGGGACCUUGCGAGUGGCUGCUGUGGUGCAGCUUGUGUAAACUAAGAACUGGUGGAAGCAAUUAUCAAGUUGCUCAUCUUUUGUUCUUCUGUUUCAGAUGUAAAUCACAGGAGUACUUCCCCUUUGCCCCAUUCUGAUUGCUUUGUUGUGCAAGGCCAAGCAUGAUAUCCGGCAGCCAUAAAAGCUAAUUUGCUGUAAUUUUGGGCUAACUUUUUCCUGCGCUCAAGCUGAUGUGACCCAAUAUUUAUUGAAAAAUUUGUUGGUCGAAUGCUAAAAGAAAUUUUUUCUUAGAAGCCAGAAAAUAUAUUUGACAUUUUUUUAGCUUUCGAUUAUAUGAAUAUUUAGAGCAAAACAAUAUAUAUGUGAAUAGUCGAGUGCAAGUUAUAAUUAUGUAUUAUGCUUACAUGACAUAUCAUUGAUGUCUUAUUGUACUGUGUGAUAUGAAUUGUAAAGGUAUUCUCCUUCGUUUGAGAACACCAUUAUUGUUAAUAAUGAUAUAAUUUUUAAGUUUUUUUA